AGUAGAACUAGUGCCAUAAUAAGCAGCUUCUCAGCUACGCUAUGCAUUGCAAGGUUGCCUAUGUUUCCCGCGCUCUUUUGGGCCCCGCCACAUAUCCCUUCCAAUAUUGCUCGACACCAUUUCGAAGGGUUUAAAGAGAAGCCCUAAUUAUUUGUAAAGUUUUGAUUUGAUAAGGAGCAAUUAUUAUUCGUUUCUCGUCAUCUAAGAGAGUAGUUCCAGAAAUUGGCGUUGGAUGGGGAAGGGGAAGAGAAAUUCCGUCGUUGUGAUUUCAUCGUCAGAUGACGACGAAGACAAAGAUAAUGGUUUCUUACUGAAAACCGGUUUCAGAUUUUCAAAAUCAGCACCUACUAGGAAAAACCCUAAAAGGGCUAAGAGGCUUUCGCUCGCCAAUUCCUGCUCAUGGCCGUUGCAACCCUCGGGUUCGAGCGGUUUUGAUGAGGUCAAACAGUUUUGUGAGGAAUUUGAUCAAGGGUUCACUCAGUUCAAGGUAACAUCUGGUUCUAGAGGUAACAAGGAUUUGUGGGUUGAGAAGUAUAAGCCUAGUUGCUUGGAGGAGCUAGCUGUUCAUAAAAAGAAGGUUGAAGAAGUUAAAACAUGGUUUGAGGAGAGGCUCAGAAAUUGUGCGGAUGAUGCACAAAAUAAUGUGAUCCUCAUCUCUGGGCAAGCUGGAGUUGGAAAAUCUGCAACCCUCUAUGCAAUUGCAUGUCAUCUUGGAGCAGAAGUGCAUGAAUGGAAUACCCCAACUCCCAUGAUAUGGCAAGAACACCUGCAUAAUUCCAAUUCAGGGAUGAGGUAUAUGUCAAAGUUGGAUGAAUUUGAAAGUUUUGUUGAAAGGGUUAGGAAAUAUGGACUAGUUUCCUCAUCUUUUACCAAGGUAUCUCCAUCAAUUAUACUCUUGAUUGAUGAUCUUCCGGUGGUGAAUGGGAAGGUCUCUUAUGGAAGACUUCAGAGGUGCUUGCAUCUUCUUUUGCAAUCAAUUCGUCUUCCAACAGCCAUAUUAAUCAAUGACUAUAGCACAUAUGAAUCUGUAGACCAGCACAGUCGAUACUGGGAAGAACUCCAGCAAUCUCUACAAAGUGCUGGGGCUUAUAAGGUGACAUUUAAUCCAAUCACUGUCAACUCCAUCAAAAGAGUACUUUCAAAAAUAUGCAGGGUGGAAAGAGUUGAAGUUUGUGAUGGGCAGAUUGAUGAUAUAGCGAAAGCCAGUGGAGGAGAUAUAAGACAUGCAAUUACAGCUCUACAGUACUUGUCUCUGAAAGCCCUUCCUAUCUGUUCUUUAUCUUCUCCGAUGAGGCUUCCGGCUUAUCCACAAGAAAAUGGAAAUUGUAGUGGUCAUUUGGAUGAAGGCUUUUCUCUGCCAUUUGGAAAAGAUGCGACUUUAUCGCUAUUUCAUGCAUUAGGCAAAUUUUUGCACAACAAAAGAGACGCUCGAAGUCUAGUUACAUCAGACAGAGAUGCAAUUCUUCUUAAGGAGAAAUUUGUCAGGUGUCCUCUAAAAAUGGAUGCUCCAGAGUUGGUACUUCGUCAGGCACAUGGUCAGGCAAGGCUCAUUGCUGAUUUUCUUCAUGAAAAUGUCCAGGAUUUUGUAAGUGAGGAAGCAAUUCAGGAUGCAUGGGUUGUGAAUUCAUAUUUAAGUGACACAGACUUGCUUCUUUCCCCUCCAACUGGAUGUUUAGUUCGAAAAUUUGAAGCUGAGAAUGUUACACAAUCUGUUGCUGCUUCAGUUGCUGUGCGCGGUGUGUUAUUUGGGAAUACUAAUCCAGUGUCUUCUAGGUGGCAUGCUAUUCGCCGUCCAGCGCUCUGGCAGGUUGAGCAAUCACUAUGGUGCAAUAAGCGUCAAUUGUUAAGUCAAAGGACAGAUGUUCAUAGCAGUAUUAGCUUGAACAAUCUGUCAAUUCUGGCCACUGAGUUUAAACCUGCUCUUAAUUGGCUUGGACAUAGAGAACCUGAAGAGACUGAUGGCGGCAUUUACUCAAGUGACAAGGAAUAUCAUGGUAUUAGUUUGGAUGACAAAGAUGAUGAGAUUGACAAUGAUGAAAUAGAGGACUGGUAACUUUUGAUGGCUUACUCAUGUCUCUGCUUUUUGUGAAUCUUGUAAAUAGCUGUAUAUCUUACAGUUUUAAUGAGGAAGCCCCCUCAUUGUUAUUUGACAAAUACAUUAGCAGAUGACCAUUGUGUAAAGCAACUUCAAAUCAUGAGGGUGACAUUUUCUUGGGAAAUGGUUGAACCGGUGAUUGUCUUAUGCAGGGUCAAUUGCAUUUUUCUGUGUCUAUCCAAAAUUAUUGUAAUUGGAUAGAAAGUAAAAUUUGUUCCUUUUUGUGUUUUUUUUACUUACUAUAUGGGGGGUGAGGUUAUAGAAAAUAUCAACACCUUGUCACUAGUGUAUUUCAUAUAAAGUAUCAUAUAUUGCUUUGUCAACUCUUUAACAAUUAGGAAUGACGCAUAUGUUGCUACUAUUGCUAAAUUUAAGGGCACUAAUUUAUAC